GCGCUCAACGAGCCCGUCCGCGCGCGGCGCCGCGUCACGCUCAAGCUCGGCGUCGGCGCGGUGCUCCUCUGCGCGACGUGGGGCGUCCUCGGCGCGACGCGGGCCUUGUUCGGCCGCCUCGAGGGCGCGGGGGACCCCCAGUACGACGACCCGGGCCACCACCACGUCUACGCGGCGACGGACGGCGCGCUCGCAUGCUGCACGGCCUGCUACUGCGCGGCGUACGCGUACCUCUACGCGCGCUGCGCGAAGAAGCUCCACCUCGCGCCGGCCCACGACCUGCUCUCCAUCUGGCUCCUCCACGCCUUCGUCGUGUCGGCCUUCGUCGGCGCCUUCGUCGGCGGCUACGACACGGUCCACACGAAGCCGCUCGCCUUCGCGGCGUUCCUCUCCGCGCCGACCUUCGCGGUCUGGUGCCUCGCGUUCCUCAACGCCAAGAGCGGAUUUCGCAAGGACGACGAUGGUGUUGAUGGGGGGAUGGAGAACGACAUGAACGCGAUGCUCUAG